GGUCGGCGGGGUGGAGGACAAGAGAGGCGUUGUAGUGUCCAAGCUAGCAUCCUCACGCUGGAACUAAAACCGUCACAAUGGGCGAUGUAUCGCUGUAUUUGACCGACACGUCCGUGGAGCAGCGCUCUCCCACCGGAAGUCCAAAAGCAAGCAGGGAUUUUAGGACGUUGGAGCUGGGCGAGAACCAGAGAAAUGUCCAAAGGGAGAAGACCCCUCGGAGGAUCAUCCAUUUCUCCAGCGGGGAGACCAUGGAGGAGUACAGCACUGACGAAGAGGAGGAGGCAGAGAGGAAAGACCUGCUCUCCUCCCCUGUUGAUGCUGUGAGGUCCAAGAUGACUUGGGGUCCGUACUUCUGGUUCCACAUGUGGAGAGCUGCGUCUUCAACUAUUUCAGCCUGUGAUUACCUCGGGGAGAGAAUGGCCUCGUUCUUUGGGAUUACAUCAGCCAAGUAUCAGUACGCCAUCGAUGAAUACUACAGGACAAAGAAGGAGAGGGAGGAGGAGAAGGAGGAAACCCGCCUGUCAGAAGAGGCUGAACGUGCCUUCGACCAGUCGCGUUCCCAGGAAGGAGACGGGCCAAUCGUCGGGGCAGAACGUCCCGUCGCCCCGCCUCAUGUGACCUACCAGAUCCAAAACGAAAGCCAGCAGAGACAGGUGAGCAGACUAGGUGGCCACGCGGUUGGAAGGCGUGUGGCGGCGCCGUGUGUGAAAGUGCACGCUCAUCGUGACUGCUGCUCCUGGUGUGUUUGCCGCGCAGGACUUCAACAACACCCGCUGGCAGACUCCAACUGCAAAUGCAGGGAGUAUGCUUUCAAGGCUAUAAAUCAAGGCGGACUAACAUCAGUCGCCGUACGAGGGAAGGACUGUGCAGUUGUGGUUACACAGAAAAAAGUACCGGACAAGCUCCUGGAUUCCAACACAGUGUCCCACCUUUUCAGAAUCACAGACAAUAUUGGAUGUGUCAUGUCUGGAAUGACAGCCGACAGCCGCUCCCAGGUUCAGCGCGCACGCUACGAGGCGGCGAAUUGGCAGUACAAGUACGGUUACGAGAUCCCGGUGGACAUGCUGGUUAAACGCAUCGCAGACAUCUCCCAAGUCUACACACAGAACGCCGAGAUGCGACCACUGGGCUGCUGUAUGAUCGUGAUAGGCGUAGACGACGAGAGCGGCCCGCAGGUCUACAAAUGUGACCCGGCAGGAUACUAUUGCGGCUUCAAAGCCACCGCCGCAGGAGUCAAGCAGACGGAAGCCACCAGUUUUCUGGAGAAGAAGGUGAAGAAGAAACUGGACUGGACCUUCGAGCAAACCAUCGAGACGGGGAUCUCCUGUCUGUCGACUGUUCUCUCCAUCGACUUCAAGCCCUCUGAGCUGGAGGUGGGCGUGGUCACAACACAGGACCCCAAGUUCAGGAUUCUGACGGAGACAGAAGUGGACACUCACCUGAUGGCCCUGGCAGAGCGGGACUGAGCCAGCAGGGAGAGAGUGCACAUGUUGGUUUGCUGUACAUUACACACACUGUUUAAUUCAAUAAUAACAAUUAAAAAAAACACAUUUUGAAGUAAAA